UCUUCUUCACAAAGGUUACAAAUGUUAUCAUCCCGAAUCUAGAAGAGUUUACAUUUCUAGACAUGUAAUUUUUUAUGAAACUAAUCUACCGUAUGUAUCCUCUGGCACUAAUAUUAUUCAUGCAGAUGCAACAAAAUUCUUUACAUAUAAAGAAUUUGAGGGUACACCACCAUCAGGUCAAACAGACGCUACUCAAAGUGAAGAAUACAUGGUACAAACUCCUUAUGAUAUUCCCAUACAUAAGCAGCCUAAAGAAAAUUGUCCAGAUAUCUUGCCACAAUCUAGUAACGAGCUCGUACAUGAAAAUCAUCUUGAUGAACCAGCAAGUCCUCAUGCACAACUAAAUGUGUCAUCUACCUCCAGUAGCUCGUCACCUUCUACCUCAUAAACACUUGAUCCAGCACAAGUUGAAGGUAUAAACACGGUCGAGGAUCUUCCCCAAUCACUGUCAUUGUCGGCUCCCUCAGAAUCUGUCCGGCCUUGCACUUCUACAUUUUCGCGUCCACCUAGUCCAUCCAAUACUCACCAAAUGCUCACCAGGGCUAAGACUACUUUUCAGUCCAUGACUGCUUCUCUAAGUCCUGACGUAAGAGAACCUCGCACUGUGAAAGAAGCUCUGUCCAAACAACAUUGGCUUACCUCAAUGCACAACGAACUCAAUGCUUUCCAUGCUAAUAAUACUUGGCAUCUUGUUCUAUGACAGCCGCACAUGAACAUAGUUGGCUUGCGAUGGGUGUUCAAAACAAAAUUGAAGGCAGACGGCUCAAUUGAAAGGUUCAAGGCUUGGCUCGUCGCUAAAGGCUACAAUCAAAUUGAGGGUGUUGACUUCGAUGAUACAUUCAGUCCGGUUGUGAAAGCCACCACCAUUCGACUCGUUCUUGCCGUUGCUACAACUCUACACUGGUCGAUUAAACAGCUUGAUGUGAAGAAUGCCUUUUUACAUGGCGACCUCAUAGAGACUGUUUUCAUAGAACAACCUCCAGGUUUUGUUGAUCCUAACUAUCCUGUUCAUGUAUGCAGGUUGAAAAAGGCUUUAUACGGUUUGAAACAGGCUCCAAAAGCUUGGUUUCACAAAUUUAGUACUCACCUUCUACACUUGGGAUUCAUUUGCAGCAAGUCGGACUCCUCUCUCUUUGUUUGGAAGUCCUCCAAAGACACUAUUUUGCUCCUUCUCUAUGUCGACGAUAUCGUGCUCACGGGAGGCAGUCCAUUUCUUCUACAUGCAUUGAUCCUCAAUUUAAAAUCUAAGUUUGCCAUGAAGGACAUGGGAGAUCUUCAUUACUUUCUUGGAAUUGAGGUCACACGAUGCAAGGAUGGUCUCUUCCUUUGCCAACGUAAAUAUGCGCUGGAUGUCUUAGAAAGAACAAAAAUGGCUUGCGCACGUGCUAUUCACACUCCUUUUGCUCAAAAGCAUGAGCUAUAUGAACCUCAAGGGUAUCCUAUCGAUCCCUCUGGUUUUAGAAGCAUAGUGAGUGCCUUGCAGUACUUAACGCUCACUCGCCCUGACCUAUCUCAUGCCGUUAAUCUCCUCUGUCAAUUUGUGCAACAUCCUGUUGCCACUCAUUGGGCCGGUGUUAAGCGAGUGCUUCAAUAUUUGGCAGGUUCCACAAAGCUUGGUCUUCAUAUCACUUUAUGCUCUUCUCUUAAUGUAGUGGGCUUCUCUGACGCAGACUGGGGUGGCUGUCCCCUCACUAGAAGAUCGACAACAGGAUUAUGUGUAUUUUUAGGCUCGAAUUAUGUCUCUUGGGCUUCGAAGAAACAAACAACUAUGGCCCGAUCAAGCGCUGAAGCUGAGUACAGGGCUUUAGCAUCUUUGGCUGCGGAAAUUACAUGGCUUACUUAUAUUCUCCGUGACAUCGGCGUCUCACUGCCCAAUCUCGGACAAUAUUUCAGCUCUUCACCUCACUAA